AUGCCUCUUGAUAACUCUUCAUUCGCAGGGGCUCUUGAUAUCUCCGACGAAACCAUGUCUUCCCUUAUCCGACGCCCUAUCCGACGCCAUAGCGCGCGUGAAUGUAAGUCCGGCCCCAGUCCCGUCCCCAUGCCUGCUCCGCCUCCCGUCCGCAUGCCUGCCCUGCCUUCCAUCCCCCGCUCCUCCUUACCCCCACCUCCCUUCCCUUGGCCCCCACUUCCGAGAGUUGUGCUUGAGAACACCGACGAAACCGUGUCCAGAUUGUUCCCCGUUCCCCGUGGCCGCCAACGCAUCCGUAAAACAUAUGUCUUAUGGGACAUGUCGGAUUACUCAAUCCCUGAAAAUUUCGAUCCUCUUUCGAUUGGGAUUCAGAUCCAUUCGGCUAUUACAAAGGAAGGUUAUCGUGGGGAAUUGCAAAUCUGGCUUUACGGUGCUGAGAAUACCUGGUCGCCUGAAUUGAUUGACCAAUUGGAACAAGUCCGAUUCAAAGUCUUUCCUUUUAAAGGGGUUAAACGAGCGAGACUUGACAUGAUUAUAAUGACCUUUCUCACCUUUGUAUAUAUGAUGGAUGCUCCAACAAAUGUGCUGAUGCUCUCAUCAAACAAGGAGGAAAUGGAACAAGAACCCAAGUUCUCCAAAUGUCGUAAAAUGUUAGAAGACAGAGGUUUCUGUGUUGUCUCAGCACAGCCUGAGACACUCAUCAACCAAGAUGCUCAGCCUGAUCAUUCCGCAUGUGAUCCGAGUAUCUGUCCUUACGCCCAAAGCUGA